UCCACAGCUAAUUAUGCCUGGAAAAUGUAAAUUCCAAGAUUCCUGGCUCUCCAAGGGAAUUUACAAGGACUGGCUGGUUAAGGACGUGCAGGACAUUCACUUCGCUCGAUGUAGGGCCUGUUGUAAAUCAAUCAAACUUCAGACCAUGGGCGAGGCUGCUCUCACCAGUCACGCAGGGGGAGCUGGCCACAAAGCAGCGGUUCGCAAGCUACUGGAAGCAGGAAAUUUGAUGAUGAUAAAUUCCUCUGGACAGGAGAAUGGCAGCGUGAAUCGGACUGAGGACAGCAAGGAGCAAGUGUCCAUCUGCCUCCAGCGUGACGCCUUGGACAGAAUAACCGGUAGCGACUGGUCAGAUCUGCACCACAGCCCCACAGCAAACUCCACCUCCCACAAUGCAGUGCUGCAGGAUGUGACUUUUCCUGCGGCCUUCUUCACAGCACCAGGCACCUCCAGGCUCACCGGCCAGCGCCUCCACCCGUCCGGCAGCGAGGCGGAGGAAGGGGGCCGCCGGCCGACUCUGCACGACUCAGCCGACCUGUCGAGGCUGGAGCACCAGCAGAGGACAGAAGCUAUGGAGCAGCAGCAGCAGAUGAACAUCCUGGAGUGGGAGAACAGGAUGAAGGUGCUGGCGUGGGAGCAGGAGCUGGUGAAGGAGAAGAGGAGGGUGGUCCGGCAGAAGGAGAAGGCCAUCCGGAUGAAGAAGGCAUACUACAAAGCAAAGCUUAAGAGGAUGGGCGAGGACUUACCGCCAUCUUCCUCCAGCAGCAGCGAUGACGAGGAGAAAACGUCUCAUUUGACAGGAUGAACUGUUUUAAUAGCUGUAUUUGAUUAGUGCUUGUUUCAUCCCUGUAUUCCUUUGUCUAUAUGCUCUGGACUCUUACUAUUUUUCUACUUUGGUUUGUACUUUAAUCAGCUGUUCUUUUACUCAAGGAGGGAAAUUACUUUUCCUGCUAAAUGAUUAAGGCUUCAGUCUGAGGUAGACUGAAGUGGUGAAAAGCAACAUGCUACUCAUCCUGCAGUACUGUUACUUUACGGCAGAAGUGAGAUCACUUGAGUUGCAGGUGACACAAAGACUGAGUGACAUUAUUGCACGUGGUCACAAGGCCGAGCCACCAAUCUGUCUGCAGAGCCUCUGAACUGUGUGAAAGGCAUCACAAUGAAUGAUCCCGUUCUGCGUUAUCUGUCAUUUCAUCACAGCGUGGCUCCAGUAUUCACAGUGAUAAGGUGUUCAUUGAUGUUCAAGGUGACUGAUGUUUAAUGUGUUUCUGUAAAGGUCACAGUCUAUUCUUGGGAGACUGUUCUGCUGAACAACGUACUGAGACUACAGCUAAUCACUGCAGAUGUAGAAUGAGGCAACAAUCCAAAAUGGACAGUACUUUAACUUUAUUUGCAUAGCUUCUGUUUCAGAGCAUGUUCACAUGAGUGUGUACGCUUACAGCGGUUUACUUUGCUUUGUGAAUAAAUUGGCCUUUGAUACAAAAUUGGAGUUGAGGGCAGAAAGGUGACAAAUCAAAGAAAAGAAACGCUUCCGUACCUGGCAGCAGGGAUUUGCUCCCAUUCAGUCACAAGAGCCUUAAUAAGGUCGACCGCUGAUGUUCGGAGACAAAGCUAAAGGUGUAGAAUGCGGUUGAGGUCAGGGCUCUGUGCAAGUUCUUCCACGCCGAACUGAGGAAGCCAGUUCUUCAUGCACCUGACUUUGGGUAUGUUUCAGCAGGAAAGGGUCCUCCCUAAACUAUGACCACAAAUUCUGAAGCAUGCUGUUGGCUAAAACAUUGUUGUUUGCUGUAGCAUUAACUGAGGGUCCUAGCCCAAACCAUGAGAACUGCCCCAGACUAAACAUAGACAAAUGUGUAUCAGUGUCCACAUGCUUUUGCUCAUAUGGUAAAUUUAAUGCAGAUGCUUCUAUAAAGGCAUCGUGGAGUCACUGCAUGGCACCCCGAUUCCAGAAAUGUUGGUCUGCUGUGUAAAGCAUAAAACAGAAUGUGAUAACUUGCUAAUUGAUAUAUAUACAGUGGAAAACAGUAAUAUAUGUAAUGUUUCACCUCAUCAGCUGCGUUGAUUUAUGUAAAUAUCUGCUUAUUCUGAAUUUGAUGCAGCAACAUGUUUCAGACAAAUCAGAACAGGACCAACAAAAGAUGGUCCUGUUCUGGGAAAGUUGUGGAACGCUCCAAAAACACCUGUUUGGAUUAUUCCACAGGUAAACAGGUUGAUUGGUAACAGGUGAUAGUGUCAUGAUUGGGUGUGAAAGGAGCCUCCUGGA